AUGGCGGGUGGGGGGCAUCAAGUGGCCAAUCAACCUCAAAGUUGGCCAAACAACAACCCUCCACCACCUAUGGCACUUGACAGAGGCCAAUUUGCAGAAUUCCUUCAACAGGAAUUUAGCCUAACUCGGAGGGGUGGAAGGCCAACUUACAGAAAGCCCUAUCCAGAGUUCAUUGAUGAAGUUGAAUUUCCAAGGAAUUUCAGAAUUCCAGAGUUUACAACAUUCAAUGGAGAGGGCGAACAGUCUACCUUGGAACAUAUCAGUCGGUUCACUGUCCAUUGUGGAGAAGCAGUAGCCAAUCCAUGGCUGAAGGUACGCUUGUUUCCAAAUAUACUAACUGGGUAUGCUUUCAGGUGGUAUUGCAACUUGCCAACCAACUCUAUUCAAAGUUGGCAGCAAUUUGAGGAUUUAUUCCAUACUCAGUUCUAUAGAGCUGAGCUUGAAGUGUCAAUGGCAGACCUUUCUAGACUUCAUCAACUACCUGGAGAGUCUGUGAUGAGCUUCCUUUCAAGAUUCAGGCAGGCCAAGUUCAAAUGUAAUUUGUCUUUGCCGCCAGAAGAAUACGUGAAGAUGGCUGUGAACGGCCUAGAAUUUGAACUUCGCAAGAACAAAGUGGCUAAGUAUGAAGAGCUCCUUCGUGAGGAGCAAGAUAGGAAGAACUCUUCCAAGGGCACCUACUAUCGUGAUCCUAACUAUGAGGUGUAUACCACUGAAACUGAAGGAGACUUUGAAGUCAACGUAGCCGAGCUCAACAUAAAGAAGGCUUACACUUGUGAGGCCUUGACAAAACUGAAAUCAACCACGGCCAACUUGCAAGCCGCCUCUGGUUCCAAAUGGAAGGGGGCAGAUUCUUCUAGAAGUUACUUUUUUGACAUUUCUAAAGCCGAGAUUUGCUCGUGGCUGACAAGCAAUUGA